AUGAUCCCACGCCUGUUGCCUGCUCUUCUGAGCGUGCAGACUGUGUUGGCAGUCAAUGGUGGCCCAUCUGGUAACGCACCAUUCACCUACACAUCUGGACCGCUCUUCCCUUCGCCAGGCGGAGUCUCCACGGGCCUGUCGAACCCAUCUUACGAAUACACCGGACUUGGUGCAGCUGAAUCGAACAUCGAUUUUGCCUCCGAUGGAUCUUUGAUCUACUCACCCGCAAUCACGAAUCAAGGUGUUGGUUAUGCGACUUCCAACGACAAUGGUUCAACCUGGCAGCAAGUCCUCCCUGGAGGCUCGGCCCAGCCUCGAGUCCAACCUGUUUUCCGGAAACGUCAGGUCAAUGAUCGCUAUUUCUACUGGUCGUCCUCUAUUCCUGGAUUCUCCUUCAGCUACUCGGAUGAUGAAGGCAAGACAUGGACUAAUCUCAAUCAAUCGCAUUUCGAUACGAUGUCUCAGGAUUGGGCCAAACUUGUAGGCGGGAGACCGGUUAGAUCUCAGCUCAGCUCUUCAGCAGAGGAGAUUUUGUACUAUAGCGCACCGAGUCUUAUCAGCACUCCCAUCCCGUUGCAACCCCUGGGGCCAAUCAACCAACUCAUUCUGAAGAGUACUGAUGGCGGGAUGACUUGGAGCGAGACGGCAGGCAAGCCCACCUUGCAACCAUUACUAUCAGGCGGAGCUUGUGCUGGAUUGCUCCAGUCACUGGCAGAGCAGGAGCUCAUCAUCUGGGGCGAUGGAUUUGUGCGCCCUAAUGGCACUGUCAUGUAUGGCUUGAGACGGUGUCAAAAGUUGAGCGUGGCUAUCAGCGACGAUGAAGGCGAUUCCUGGCGCCUCUCCGAUGUACCGGCAAGCAGCCUGGCUCCCUUCAUCGUCGGAGAUUUAACGUAAGUUUUCACACCUCGAAGAAGCACUACGUUCGUCCAACUCAUGUCGCGUCCAGGUACCAAUUCGAUGGCAACGUGCUCGUUCCAGAGCCCAUCUCGCAAGACAAUCAAGGGACCAUCUACUCCAUCUGGGUCGACCCCAGCUACGUCCUGCGUCUGUCUCGCUCUACAGACAAUGCACAGACUUGGUCCGAUGCCAUCGUCAUUGGUGCGCCAGGCAGCGGUCUUUCGUCAAACGUCAUGGCGUACUUGCCCACGUUGUACCAUCACCCCAACCAGACUGGUCGUGCGGUGCUGUCCUACUACGGCUCCACUGACAAUGGCAAAACGUAUAACGCAUACAUCGCUGAAACCAAAAACCUCGGAUCCGCCUAUCCUUCCUGGACCAGUAUCAUUAUGAAUCCACCCUCGGCGCCCAUGCAAGCCAACCAAGACGGCAUGUGGGAUCAAGGCUAUGGAUAUCCGUUGGGGGAUCUUGUCGAAUUCAGCGAUGUCAAGUAUCGCUCCGGUUCGAAUGAUGUCGUCGCAGCAUUUGCAAGAAGAAUGUGCACGGCUCCCAGCCAGCCGAGGCAGACGUACCCAGGUAGCAGUUGUGUGGACGGCUGGGACUUCAAUGCGCACGCACAGAGCCAGUGGCAGGGAUUCGUAGCUUUUGCCCAGGGUACGUAG